GAAUUACAUCAUUUAAAAGACGUUUAAAGAGCUGAUUGGACAGGAGGAAUCUAGAGGGAUAGUGGCCAAAUGGCAAAAUAGGCAAAAUGGACUAGCUUGGUGGGCACCAUGAACAGUAUGAAUAAAUUGGAAUGAACAGCCUGUUUCCCAAGCUCUAUUACUCUAUGAUUCUAUUUGUCUGCUUGAUUCAAUAAAGUUCCCCAUGGCCUGAUUGAGCUUGAAAAUUCUGCCCUCCCUAAUUUAAUAAGGAUUAAAAUCAGGUUUAUUAUCAUUGACUAUGUCGUGAAAUUUGUUUGUUUUGUGGCAGCAGUACAGUGUAAUGACUAAUAACAAAAGUUUUAAAAAUUACUAUUAGCCUCACUAAGAAAUAUAAAACAUAAUUAAGUAGUGCAAAGGAGAGCAAAAUAGUGAGGCAGUGUUCAUGGCCCAUUCAGAAAUCUGAUGGUGGAUGGAAUAAGCUGUUCCUAAAACGUUGAGUGUGAUUCUUGAGGCUUCUAAUCCUCCCCUCCGAUGGUAGUAAUGAGAAAAGAGCAUGUCCAUGAUGCUGCGGGUUCUAAAUGAUGAAUCUCCCUUUCUUAAGGAACCACCCUUGGAAGAUGGGGAGCAUUGUGCCCAUGAUGGAACUGGUGGAGUCCAGAAUCUUCUUGUACCAGAUUCUGCAAGCUUCUUGCGAUCCCGUGCAUUGGAUCUUCCAUAGCAGAUGGUGGUGCAAUGUACCAGAAUGCUGCCCGCAAUACAUAUGUAAACAUUUCCCAGCGUCUUCCAUGAUAUACCAAAACUCCUCAAACUCUUAAUGAAGUAUAGCUAAUGGCAUGCCUUCUUUGUAAUGGCUUCAAGGUGUUGGACAGAACUUCAGAGAUGUUGACACCCAGGAAGCUGAAUCCACUGUCCACUUCCACUGUUGAAUCCUCAACAAAGACUAGUGUGUGUUUUCCAGUCUUCCCCUUCCUGUAGUCCAAAAUCAAUUCCUUGGUCUUACUGGCAUCAAAUGCAAGCUACUAGCAAGGCUUGGGUUUCAGGAAGUCUGGCAGCACCCAAACACUCCUUAUAGUGGGAAGUGAAGCCUACAUGGAAUGUAAGCACAAGGAUGAAACACACAAGUUAUAGAUUUAUACAGUAAGAUUCAUCCCUUUAUUCUCAUUUUUACAGGAGAAUAAGAGCUCUUACGUUGAGGUGCUGGAAGGAUACAAUUAGACAUGUGAAGCUCCCUGCUGAACUUGGUGACCCUGUGUGGUGAACUAUGUGCCUGUCUGGACGCGCCCCCUUCUGACUGCUCCUGUGGCUCCUCCCACAGGCCCCUGUAUAAAGGCGAUCGAGGUCUGAUCCUCUGCCUCAUUCUCCAGGAUGUAAUAUGAUGGUCACUCACUGCUGGUUCCUUCUUCAGUCAAUAAAAGCUGAUAUCUCGCCUUACGUCUCAGAGUGAGUUAUUGAUGGUGCAUCAAUUUUAUUGACUGUAAGUUUUAAAACAUGGAAACCGUUUUACGUCCGGAAAGGUUGGAUUUGGACCCUCAAGACCCUGAAGCAGCUCUUGCUUUUGAACACUGGCUUGCAUGCUUCCAAUCAUACUUGGCGGAGCUUCGUGCGACUGACCCUGCCAUUAUGUACAGAAUUCUCCUCUCGAGGGUCACCCCAAAAGUUUAUUCCAUUAUCCGGGACCUGCCGACCUACGAAGGGGCACUGGACGCCCUCAAAAGACAGUACCUGCGGCCGGUGAACACCGUCUAUGCAAGACAUCAUUUAGCUACACGGCGACAGCGGCCUGGAGAAUCGAGCGCCGAGUUUCUCCGAGCACUACAGACACUCGUCCGAACUUGCGACUGCAAGACGCUCACGGCAGAACAACAUGCGGAGCUGCUGGUGAGAGACGCCUUUGUGACGGGACUGAGGUCAGUGUACGUGCGCCAGCGACUGCUGGAACACUCAGACCUUACCUUACGCUCGGCGAUCGAGACGGCCAACGCUCUGGAAGCUGCGCUGCACUACGCCGACGCUGUCCAGUCGCGCAAUUCCCCGCCGGUUCCGUGGACGCCUCAGACCCCACCACCGCCGGCUCCCAUGAGCGAAAUUGCCGCUGCCAGUCGUGAUUCCACGAGCUCCCCGAACCCGACCACAGCGGCAGCCCGUCAGAAGCCUGUGCUUUGUUAUUUCUGUGGCCAUAAAAAACACUCUCAAAAACGCUGUCCAGCACGAGAAGCGACCUGCUCCAGCUGCGGAAAGCGGGGCCAUUUCACCAAGUCUAAACUACGAGCGGAGUGCAGCGCUGCGGGUGAAACAUGGGGGCCGCCAUCUUGCAUGCCCGGAUGUGGGCGGCCAUCUUUGUCGCCGUCAGCAUGCCCCGCCCCCAACCCUCCGAUGCUUACCGGGUACCCCGGAUGAGGGCGGCCAUCUUUGUCGACGUCAGCAUGCCCCGCCCCCGACCCUCCGAUGCUUACCGGGUACCCCGACGGCGAUUCAACUCUGGCCACUGUAACCCUCGACCAAAGGGCCCCACACCCGCUUGCAAGGUCCAUGAUGGACAUCCGGGUGGAGGGGCACAGGACUAGAUGCCUGUUUGACACGGGCAGCACUAAGAGUUUCAUUCGCAACAUGGCCAGUAAGUCAGAAGAUCCAUUUGGUUUCUGGGUCACAGUCCACAGACAUCCGGGGGGGUUGUGUAGCGACAUUGGUGGUGCAAGGCACAGAGUAUCGGAACUUUGCGCUACUGGUCAUGCCUAAUCUGUGAGCGCCUGUGCUAUUGGGGCUGGACUUCCAGAGCCAUCUCGAAAGUGUGACUAUGGUAUAUGACGGGCCCCUCCCACCACUCACUGUCAGGAAUCCUCAGUUUUGUGGGACUUCAUCACCACUGACCACACACACACAGCGACACACACAUCCCAUCCAACACGACAGCUGCGCUACCGACACCACUUGCAGUCUCUCCACUAUCGAGGUCCCUCCCCCGCCGCUGUUCGCCAACCUGACCACGACUGUAAACCGGUGCAGUGGUUGCUCAGGGAGGGGAUCAUUGAGCCA